AUGUGUCACGUUGUGUCCUCUAUAAACGACUGCUCGCAGUACUUGAGUGCUAUUUGCUUCAUGGCUAUUGCCGUAUUCAACUGGAAAACAAUUGUAAAGCACAGUGCAUACAAUUCAUGCAAGUGCAUUGCGAUCUUUCUUUCGAUUAUAUGGGCAAUCGCAAUCGCCAUUACAGUAGUAUCCACAGCUACCCACAAUCUAUCUGCGUCUUCAAGUGGAGUUGUGUGUUACCCUUUUGGAAAAAAUGAGCUAGCAAGUGCAGCUAUGCCGAGCUAUCGUUUCCGCUUAAUACAACUUCCCUUUGUGUUCGUCAAGCUUAUCUUGCUCAUACUGACUCCUGUUGUGGUCGGUAUAUCGUACACGCUCAUUUACAUACAUGUCCAUCGAGUUGGACAAAGUUUGAAGCGUAUUACAGUCAGUAAUGAUGCCAAGUCUAAUCCCGGACCAAGUGUCAAUAGAGAGGCUGCAGGUGCAUUAGUUGAUGAUGUUGAACAAGGUUGUGGAGCUUUUUCAACGAGUACUUCUGCACCCAAACCUGGUUCAGCUGCAUUUAUUGUCACAGUGAAACCCAUUGCAGCCCAUUCUAAUUCCAAAUCAAACUUGCCAGAAAGUGUAAAUCCAAGCGAAAUGACCAGUCGUAAUUGUCAGAGCAGUAGUAUGUCUGGUGUUAGCAGAGGCUCCAAGUUUUCGAUGCGAUGCAAGACACAAUCAGGACUGGUUCCAUCCACACCAGCCUCUUCUCUUUCAACUACGUGUCGUAGUGACGAGUUUCUCAAUCGAGCAUUGUCCAGUCUUGCCAUUCGUGGUUUGGUUACCACUCUGGUAUUUGUCCUGCUAUGGGGUAUAUCCAUGGUCAUUAGCUUUGUUGGUAUGCGAAUCAUGUUGAAUUCAGUAGCCGACAACGGUAACAAUAGCGGAGAUUUUCUGCUCACGUUGACCCACAAAUGGGGUCUUGGUAUAUGGAUAAAUACUGGCCAUAUCUUGAAUGAGUACCAACCCUCACUUAUGGGUGGUCAGUUGGUUAUUACGACCAUUGCCAUCUUGCUCAACUCAGUCCUCCUUACAGCUAUAUACAGAAACGGUAGAUCCCCUGACUAUGUCUUCAACGCUAAUAUCCUACUGGUCGACCUGCUACUUGCUCUUCUUUUGUUCAUUAUUGCUGCUGGGUCACUGAUACAAAAUACUCCUAUUCUGGUCACCGAGCCUGGCAUGUGUGUUGCCUUUUUACUAAUCUACGACGGCUCUCAGUAUUCGAUUGCUUUCUGCUAUAUGGCGAUUGCUAUUGUUAACUGGAAAACCAUAGUUUAUCGUCAACUAGAACAAUCGUAUCAAUGCAUCUUAGCGUGGUUAGCUUUCACUUGGGCAGCCACACUUAGUAUUGUUAUCACCAUGGUUAUCAUGUACCCUCCUCAUGCUAUUGGAAAUGGUCUCCUGUGCUUUCCAUUUUCCCACCACUUUCGAUAUAUUGGCAACUCUACAUACGACCCAUCUAAUACAACACAUACCUGGCAAUCUUUUACACAACCAAGACAGAACUUUCGCUCAAACUCGAGUCGGGUUUUUGGAAAUGAGACAAUGAAUGGCGGUCGAGGUUCUUUCAUGGGGAAGGGAUUUAGAAGAAAUCCAUUCUUUUUAAUGAGUUUUUGUCUCUUGAUCGUUACUCCUAUUGUAGUCGUGGCUGCAUACACCCAUAUCUAUAUGGUUAUUCGCUCUAUUGAUAAAAAGCUGCAGGCCAGUUUUAGCGCGUCCGAAGUUCUCGAUGAUGAUACAAAUGCCAAACCCCAAAAAUAUACACAUCGUCUUGAUCACCAUCAACACGGAUUAUCGUCUAAUGAACAGCCCUCUUCCACGUCAGGUAGCCCCAUAAUCCAGCCACGAGCCAAGAGGGUCAAUUCAAAGUUGGCUAAUGCAAUGCGGACACUUGCCAUGCGUGGAUUUAUUACUACCAUAGCGUUUAUUGCAUUAUGGGCUUUAUCUAUGUGUAUAAAGCUUUUAAUGCGGCAUCAAAACGCCAUUCCUAGAACUGAUCUGUUAAAGUUGGGACAUUUUUUGUAUAUUACAACAACCGUUGUAAAUCCUAUUGUGUUUAUUGUAUGCGACUAUCGACUAAGUCGGUCUUUGUUGGAAUUAUGGACAAAAAUCUUUUCGCUAAAAAAGGAUUUGCCAUCUUUGCCUGCGCAUUACCCACCAUCAAGACAGCCAGGAGUCGAGUUUCCUAUUGAAGCCACAUCAGAUGUUUAUUACCGAAAUGAACAUUUUUAA